UUUUGUCAUUUUGAUAAAAAGUUUUUCUAUGCCACAUUAAUCAGACGAAAUUUUCAAAAAUGUAAUUUACAAAUUUCUGGUACUCCUCGUUUUUUGGAUAUUUAUUUCCUAAAUAGCAAUUGCUAUAACUGCAAUGUGCCUGCGGCGUUGUAUUCUGGAUACAUCGUUUCUGCUGGCACGAAGUUUUGGUUUUUUUUGCAUUGAAAUUGUCGAGGGACUCGUUGUGCUGGUUUUUAGUCCAGUGAUCUGGUUAUUGGUUAUCCUCUGUACAACUGGGAGCCUGGCCAUAUUCGGCCUAACAAAGUUCCUGCGUACGGCCAGUAGCCCGUCUUUCAUAUUCUUAGAUGACGCUGCCAAUUUAACGGUUCGCGAAUAUACCGUCCACAAAGGUUUGGGUGCAACCAACCUCACAAGUUCACGAAUAACGAGUUCUACCGCAUCGGGAAGCUUUUUCCAUUAGGCUGGGCACUGAUUAACCGAUACCUGCUUAUCAGCCAACUCUGUGUGUGUUUCAGUUUAUUGUGCCCCGAUAUGAUUAAAGCUUUUCACGCCUGACGCCUACAACUUGACUUGUGAGCGCUGUGCAUUUCAGUUGUUAUUUUGUUUUGGCUCUCAACGGAUCGUUC